CAGGACUUCUGCGCGAGCGCACGUUGUCUGAGCCUUGCUCAGGAUGCUGUGUUCACUGCUCCUUUGUGGAUGUCUGUUACUGAUCACUGGUUAUGCUCAUGACGAUGACUGGAUUGACCCAACAGAUAUGCUUAAUUAUGACGCUGCUUCGGGAACCAUGAGAAAAUCGCAGGCAAAAUAUGGUACCUCAGAGAAGAAGGAAGUGAACCCUGACUUGUCAGAUGCCCAGGAGUUGUCAGACUGUUUGCAGAGACUGGAUUCUUUAACGCACAAGGUUGAUGAUUGUGAAAAGAAGAAAAUGAAAGACUAUGAAAGUCAAAGUAAUCCUGUUUUUAGGAGAUAUCUAAAUAAGAUUUUAAUUGAAGCGGGCAAGCUUGGACUUCCUGAUGAAGACAGAGUGGAUGUGCGUUAUGAUGCUGAGAUCCUCCUUACAAGACAGACACUGUUGGAGAUACAGAAGUUCCUCAGUGGAGAGGAAUGGAAGCCAGGAGCCUUGGAUGAUGCACUAAGUGAUAUUUUAACCAAUUUUAAGUCUCAUGACUCAGAAGCAUGGAAGUGGCAAUUUGAAGACUAUUUUGGAGUAGAUCCAUACAAUGUGUUUAUGGUACUCUUGUGUCUGCUCUGCAUUGUGGCGUUGGUGGCUACGGAGCUAUGGACAUAUGUUCGCUGGCAUACGCAGUUGAAACGCGUUUGUAUCAUCAGUUUUCUCGUCAGUUUAGGAUGGAAUUGGAUUUAUCUAUAUAAGGUAGCUUUUGCUCAGCAUCAGGCUAAUGUUGCCAAGAUGGCGCCGUUAAACGAUGUGUGUGCUAAGAAGAUGGAUUGGACUGAAAACCUCUGGGAAUGGUUUAGAAUUUCAUGGACCUAUAAGGAUGACCCAUGCCAAAAGUACUAUGAGCUCUUAAUCGUCAACCCUAUUUGGUUGGUUCCGCCAACAAAGGCUCUGGCAGUUACAUUCACUAACUUUGUAACGGAACCAUUAAAGUACAUUGGAAAAGGAACUGGUGAAUUCAUUAAAGCACUCAUGAAGGAGAUUCCGGUGUUACUUCAGAUCCCGGUGCUUGUGAUUCUAGCCUUGGCUGUCCUGGGCUUCUGCUAUGGUGCUGGACAGUCAGUUCCUAUGCUGAGACACUUCCGUGGUCCUGAAAGAGAACCUCCCCGAGCACUUGAGCCAGAUGACAGAAGACGACAGAAGGAACUUGACUAUAGAUUCCAUGGUGGAGCAGGUGAUGCAGAUUUCUCUUACAGGGGCCCAGCUGGCUCCAUUGAACAAGGCCCUUAUGACAAAAUGCAUGCGUGUGAGAGAGAUGUUUUGAGACAGAGACAAGUUAACAUGAGAUUUCCCUCUGGCAACAAGAGCCCUGAAGUGCUCCGGGCAUUUGAUUUACCUGACACAGAGGCACAAGAACAUCCAGAAGUGGUUCCCAGCCAUAAACCAUCCAUUGUGAAUACAAGCCUCAAAGAGACUAGUGAACUCCCAAGAGAAAGCACCCUGGCAGAAUGCAGCCAGUGUGCCAAGGAUGGCUCUGGCCAAGUCCCCAGCACUGCUGAAAGCUCACCCAUCGUGGAGAAGGCCCAGCUGAAGACAGACUCUGAGUGCCGCCCACACAGCACAGAAGCUGCAGCAGCAGCAGCACGUGGGACUGAUCCUGUCAGCAGCCCAUGUGGCUAAAGACCAAGGGGCAGACCGACCACGGCUAGAGUCAUCUUUGAAGUCUGUAUUGACUCUUCUUUCCUUACAGAUACGUUGAAACUUACUACAAAACUGCUAACUUUAAAUUAAUGGUUUUACAGACCAUCAGAGUAUCUCUUAGCUGUUAGGACAUAUCUUGUAUUUUAGAACAGGGUUUUGUAAAAUUUACAUUUUUAGGUUGGUGCUGUAACAGACAGACACUACUAAUUGAGGUGAUAUUAACAGGCUUCUAAUGUUAAAUGUUGCUAUGGUUACAUUGCCACAUGAUAGCUAGCAAUGCCACAAGAUCCCAGCGACCACAGCAAGUCUUAGCUGAUGGAGGCUCUGAGCCCUCGUUUACUAACAGGGUAUCUAAUGAGUGUCUGCUGUGGCUGUCACAGAGUACACAUCACCUGUGUCAAUCAUCUGUGUUUCUAGGUGGCCACCUGCAGAGCAGCGUGACUUUCUGGUCACCAGGCCUGUCUCCUGGUCAUACAUUUUACAUUAGGUCUCACUAAGACAAGCCUGAGGACGACCUGGUUCUCUCAGUACUUGAGUUUCCCACUUCGUCAGUGACUGUGAGAGUGGCUUUAUUCUCUAACGCAGAGUCAGAUGUAUAAAGAUCCAUUUUCAUAUUUAGAACUUAGCAGUUGCUUUGAUGCCGUUCAGUUUACUAUAUUGUCCUGGCUAAAUGUAGUUCUGGUUUUCAGAGAGCUGUAGAUAGAGGACAAGAUAUAUUAACUUCUUAAGUCAACAUUUUGUUUGUGAUUUUUAAAGUGCAGUCUCCAUUUUAUACUUAAAAAAAAGCAAUUUAUAUAUUUUGUUACAAGUCCCAGUUAGCACUUCCUGUGCAUGCAGGUGUCCUUUGUUGUUGCAACCAUAUCUAUAUUGCACCUUUUAUUCAGCUGCUUUCCAAAAAUGAUACCACUCAAGAAUUGAAUCUUGAAAUUAUCAGGCAGGCUGCUUCAACAAGGGCAUUCUGAACACUUGGCUUUUGAUUUCUUUAUACAAACGUAUGAUGCUCCUUUUUUCUCUACCUUGGUAUCUGAAAAACUAAUUUUGUAUUUCCAUAUAACUUUGUAAAUGCCUUUUUUUUAUUUUAAAGAUUAGAUCCUAUAAAAGGUAGGUUUAUUGGAAAUUGAGGCCAUUGGGAAGGGUGGGGGGGGAGAAAGGGCCUGAACAUAGGAAGGAAGAGGAGAAGAGAAAAUGCCUUUCGUAUUUUAUCAGGAAAGUAAAAAUUUCCCCAAAAACCAAAAGGAUUUUGCAUUAAGACAGCAGUAUUGCAGACAUGUAAUGAGUGGAUGAGGGGAAUGAGCAGUUCGUUCACUCUAAUCAUCUGUGUAUAAGGCAGUUAUUUCAGUGGGCUGGACCCGUUCACCCUGACUGGUAAAUGCACUCCCAAGGUGGGAAGUGUCCUUUGAGCUCCGGUACAAUUGUGAGGGAAACAAACGCCUUCUUUAACAGAUGCACCUGAGAGGACAGGAAGUUCUGUUGGCACACUGAUUGCUUUUAAUCCAGAAGUGAACCCUUAAAAACUUACAGUCUCGUCUUCGUAUUUUUCAUUACAGAUGCCCAUUUGGGGAUGGAAUCUGCUUUGACAGCUAGCAAAGUGACACGCUGUUCUUGAUGACAGCAAUUCAGGGGAGACUUGAUUAAAACAAGGUGAAACUACCAAGGCCAGUGUAUUGCAGAACCGAGAGGCAGCUUGUCUCGAGUGACUAGCGAGAGGAGCGAGCGUUUGUCUUGGAGGUUAAAGCCCACUGUAACUGGCUGUUAGGAACAGGGUGGGUAGUUGUGAAAAGCACUUUUUAAAAUGGAAUAAAUGUUGAAUGCUUACAUGGUCUUAACCACUGUAAACACCAAAUAAACACUUAUUUUUACAUUA